AUGGCCAGGCCAGCGAAGCGGCACAAGGAACAGGACAAGUCCCGUGGACGAGGAGAAGGAGCGAGCGAUGCAGCCAAGCGCUCCGCAGUGACAAUCAUGUUCGGUGCGCGUGAUGAACAUGGCGACUGGAAUCGCUUGGUUCACCAAAUGCUGGUCGACUCAUCCGACCCAGAUAUUAUUGGCUAG